CUUUACCGCAAACUCGUAAUUGAAGCAUCGCGAUGGAUGCCCUAAACACGUACUACAGCAAGGAAGAGUACGUGGAAACUGCAUCCGGUAACAAAGUUAGCCGCCAGACAGUGCUCUGUGGAUCGCAAAACAUUGUCCUCCACGGUAAGGUAAUCGUGCAGAGCGGUGCCAUCAUCCGUGGGGAUUUGGCUUCCGUACGCACCGGUAGAUACUGUGUGAUUUCGAAAGGAUCCGUCGUACGACCACCGUACAAACAGUUCAGUAAGGGUGUUGCCUUUUUUCCACUCCAAAUCGGGGAUCAUGUGUUUAUCGGUGAGGGAGCCGUUGUGUCGGCGGCAUCGAUCGGAUCUUACGUUUACAUUGGCAAAAACGCUGUGAUAGGACGUCGAUGCUUGUUGAAGGAUAACUGUAUUAUCGAGGAUGGAGCAGUUGUACCACCGGAAACGACUGUCGCUAGCUACAUGCGCUUUACCGCCGAUGGAAAGAUCGAAGGCGGACAAGGCAAUCCCGAUUUCGUACCACACGCGAUGCUGGAUUUAAUGAUCGAGUUCACCAAAUCGUAUUACGACCACUUCGUACCGGCACCCAACUGACGGCAACGUGAGCUCUCGACCGUUCCGAGAGUUCCACGUGUGCAAUGAA